AUGAACUCCGGCUCAAGCAACAGCGAUGAGCAGCUCAUAGACAGACGACUCACCAUUAGAUGGGGCCCCACAGAGGAGGAACUGAUCGAGCGGCAGGACACAUUCAAUGGCAGCGUCCCGGAUGAGACUGCAGCCGAAAUUGCGUCGCUGCACGGCAACUCGGCCGCACAACGUCGAGCCAUCACAGAGUUGCUGUUUUUCGCCUGCGUCGGCGACCUCAAACGGUGCCAACGUAUCGUACGCCUGUGGAACCUGAAGGUGGCCGCACCUGAUUGCUGCGACUAUGACAAGCGAACCCCCUUGCACCUAGCUGCCAGCGAAGGGGCUUACAGCGUCACUGAAUGGCUCCUUGCCGAGGGUGUGAAUGUCAAUGCGCUCGACCGUUUCAACCGCACCCCCUUGGAGGAUGCUGUGCGUGGCGACUUCAACCUGGUGGCCUCCCUCCUGAUGAAGGCUGGCGGCAAGGUUCACGCCUCUGGCAAGUUGAUACCGCUGGAGGACUCCGAGCUGGUCAAUGGCCUCGGCUUCCGUGCGCCCCAGCAAAAGGCGUCGGGCUUUGCCCUCGAGUGGGAGCUGGACCCCUCCACCAUCCACAUCCGGGAGAAGCUGGGCGAGGGAGAGUUUGGCGUCGUGCACCGAGCCAAGUGGUUUGGCACGGUAGUGGCCGCCAAGGUGCUCAAGGCCUCCUCUGAGAUCGCGGUGAAUGACUUCAGGGCAGAGAUCGAGAUCCUGCAGCGUGUCCACCAUCCCAACUGCGUGCAGUUCCUGGGAGCCUGCACGGCAAAGGAGCCGUACAUUCUGGUGACCGAGUUGAUGAGCGGCGGCUCGCUGGCAGACGCCUUCCGUAUGCCGCAGGCCUUCCCCAUGCGGCGCGCUCUGGAGAUCGCACUGGACGCGGCGCGCGGCCUGGCGUACCUGCACAAUCGCAAGCCCACCCCUGUCAUCCACCGCGACCUGAAGCCCGGCAACCUGAUGCUGUCUGGGUCGCAGUACCAGGACCGCGCGCAGGUGGUGUUCAACACGGGCGUGGUGAAGCUGGCCGACUUUGGGCUGUCCAAGACGCUGCCCACCAACCGCCACGCCAACUUCCACUUGGACGAGCGGUUCAAGCUGACGGGCGAGACGGGGUCGUACCGCUACAUGGCGCCCGAGGUGUUCCGGCACGAGCCAUACAACUCCCGCGUCGACGUCUACUCCUUUUCCAUGAUCGUGUACCAGCUGUUCGAGUACCAGCCCCCCUACGCCGAUAUGGACCCCGUGGAGGCCGCGCGCCUGGCCGCGCUGGAGAACGCGCGCCCCAACUUCAUCACACUGGCGCAGCCGGGGCCGCACAAGAAGGAGCUGCGCGAGCUGAUCGAGCGCUGCUGGGCGCCCAACGCCGACGAGCGGCCCUCCUUCCCGGAGAUCUGCAGGAUCAUUGAGACGCUGCUGGCUCAAAUUCCGCGCCAGGAGUACCAGAGCUCGGGGGCGGUCGGCGGCGACGCCGGCUGCUGCGUCGUGGCGUGA